AAAUUCAAGAUGAAUUAUGAUGGAAGACUUUCAAGCAAAUGUGUCUCUCUUUACGAAGAACUGCGUCUAACGAGGAGACUUAACGACGCUGUUAUGAAAAUAGACAAUGCUGAAUUUCAUGUCCAUAAAAUCAUCCUAUGCAACUGCAGCCCCUACUUUGGAGCCCUCUUUCUACGUUGGUCAACCCCAGGCCAGAUGGUCUAUGUCAUAUAUGGUCUGACACCUCACUUAAUGCAGCUCUUCAUUGACUUUGCAUACACAGGCUCUGUGUCCGUGACAGAGGACAAUGUACAGGACUUGUUAGUGGCAGCUGAUAAGUUCAAUGUGACCGGCAUUGUUCAAACCUGCUGCACAUUUCUAACAGAACAGCUCUGCUCAGAGAACUGCAUCGGCAUCUGGCAGUUCACAAAGAACUGUUACACCCCAGAGCUGCAGCUCAAGGCCUACCAAUACAUCCUUUACCACUUUGAGGAAGUUGCAACCGCUGAUGAGUUGCGGCAACUCUCUAUGCAGGACUUCUGUGACAUCCUUGACAGAGAUGACUUGAUAGUGAAAAAGGAAAACAUCGUUUAUGAGGCCAUCCUACACUGGAUUGCACAUGCACCUUGGGAGCGAGGCAGAAACCUGGCAGCCCUCUUAGCAAAAGUGCGUCUAGCUCUGACGAGUCAGGAGUACAUCACCAUCAACGUGUUGUCCAAUCAGCAGGUGCAGAACAGUCGGGAAUGCUUAGACAUGGUUGCUUUUGCAGCACGAGUGAUGCGACACAUGACAACACACUCAGUGUCCGGAUAUUGCAACCUUGUUGCCCGUCCUCGCCUACCUUCUGCUAUCCUGCUGGCGAUUGGUGGCUGGAGUGGCCCAAGUGCAACAGACUGCACUGAGGCCUAUGAUGUGCAUGCCAACUGUUGGGACUACCUUUUUGACAAAAUGGAUCAACCCCGUGCUUACUGCGGUGCUGCCUUUCUUAAUGACUCCAUCUACUGUCUGGGUGGCUUUGAUGGUGCAGAACAUUACAACACUGUAAGCCGCUUUGACCUGAACACACGCACCUGGCAGGAAGUGGCGCCCAUGCACUAUCGUCGCUGCUAUGUGAGCGUAACUGUGCUAAACGGAUGCAUCUACGCAAUAGGUGGUUUUGAUGGACAUGUAAGACUAAAGACUGCAGAAUACUACAGACCUGAGACCAACCAGUGGACUUUUAUUGCCAGUAUGCACGAACAAAGAAGUGAUGCCAGCUGCACAGCCCUCAACGACAAGAUUUAUGUGUGUGGUGGUUUUAAUGGAAAUGAACCCUUGCAAACAGCAGAGUAUUACAGCCCAGAGACCAACGAGUGGACAAUGAUUGCCCCAAUGAGCAGCCGCCGCAGUGGCGUUGGAGUCAUUGGAUUUGCUGACCAUAUUUACGCAUUUAAAGCAACGACGCUUUGAUGAUGCUGAUGAUGGAGCCUCUGAUGGCAAGAUGGCUUUUGACACAGAAUGGCGCCAUGAUGUAAUCGCAGGAGACCCCCACCUUCCCCAACUCAUGUGAAUUCUGCUGACACUUCGGCAGAAGCCGAAAGUGUUAAGAAAUGGCAACAAAUUCAAGAUGAGUCACAAUGGUCCGUUUUCAUACAAGUCUGGCUCUAUGUACAAUGAACUACGCGUAACAAGAGAACUCAGCGAUGCGGUCAUUAUAGUUGAAAAAGUUGAAUUUCACAUCCAUAAGAUCAUCCUUUACAACUGCAGCCCAUACUUUGGGUGAGUAACUGUCAGGUAAAGUUACAUCUCAAAUGUUAUGUAUGGAAGAAAUGUUGAACUCAUGUUCAGUGUUCCUGUGUCCUUGAUGUUCAGAGCCCUCUUUCUGCGUUGGUCCACCCCACAACAGACGGUCUACGUUAUACAUGGCCU